GAGCAGGGGCGGAACGGCUGGGCCCUCCCGCGGCUGGCAGCCAUGUGCCGCAUCCCCGCCUCCUGCCUGGAGCGAGCCAAAGGGUUCAGGGCGCGCUUGGAGAGCUGGCUGCACAGACCGGAGCCGGGAGCCGAGACCGGGAGCGCCGCACUGAGUGGGAAGCUCAGCCGAAACAGAGGGAAGCUCUCGGAAGAGGCGCUGGGCUGGCAGGACUGCUUUGAUCAGCUGUUGCACAACCCGCGGGGACUGGCGGCCUUCCGAGCCUUCCUUAAGACCGAGUUCAGUGAGGAGAACCUGGAGUUCUGGCUGGCCUGCGAGGACUUCAAGAGGACGCGGUCGGCGGCCAAGCUGGCCUCCAGGGCGCACAGCAUCUUCGAGGAAUUCGUUCGCAUAGAGGCGCCUAGAGAGGUGAACAUCGACCACGAGACGCGGGAGCUGACCCGGAGGAACCUGGAGGCUGCCACGGCCGCGUGCUUCGACCAGGCGCAGGGACAGGCGCGAGCGCUGAUGGAGAAGGACUCCUUCCGCCGCUUCCUCAGGUCGCCCGCCUACCUGGCCCUGCUGGCCGGCGCCCCGCAGCCCUCGCACGCCUGA